GGAGCUGAGAGCGGGCCGGGUCCUCCCCGCCGCUAGGCGGCGCCAGUGUAGUGGCUUCUGCCCGCUCGCGCUGACGGGAAGUUGCCUCAGGCGCGGAGGCGCGCGGGUGACGCAGAGCGGCGGGGCCGGGGGGGCUGCGGGGCCAUGGAAUCCGCGGCGAAGGGCAGCUACGUCCUCGCCAACCUCGCCGAGGUGGUGGAGCGUGUCCUCGGCUUCCUGCCCACCAAGGCGCUGCUGCGCGCCGCCUGCGUGUGCCGGCUAUGGAGGGAGUGUGCCCGGCGGACGCUGCGGACGCGGCAGCGAAUCGCGUGGGUGUCGGCGCUGGAGCCGGGCCCCGCCGAGAACCACGCGCUGGUGCGCGCGCUGGCCCGCGAGCUCGAGAAGGUGCACGUACUGCCCCAGACCGUGCUCUACAUCGCUGAUGCAGAGACCUUCAGCGGGCACGAGGAAUGUCACGAGCAAAAGAAAGCCAGAAAAAGAAACAGUAAAGAAACGGCUCUCGCACUUGAAAAGUUGUUGCCAAAGCGCUGUCAGGUUCUUGGACUGGUCACCCCAGGGAUUGUAGUUACCCCGAUGGGUUCAAGCAGCAAUCAGCCUCAAGAAAUUGAAGAGGGCGAAGCUGGGUUUGCUCUGUUGUUUCCCAAAAUUGAUGGGGUGAAAAUUCAUACCUUCCAUUUUUCUAAAGACGUGAAGAACAGGGUCUUUGACGAAAGCAAAUUUGCUGAAGCAGGUCUGAAGAAUAACCCAGAUCUCCGUGUUGUUCUUCUGUUUGGCUACAACUCCUGGAAGACUGGAGCUACUCGAUUUCUUCAUCAAAUAGUCAAUCCAUUGAAUGAGAAAAGUAUUAUCCUGGCUGGAGGACAGGUGGAGAGCUUUACGUCACUGACCUCUGAGAAUAACCACGCCCAGCCUGGUGAUGCCUGCGGUGUGGUUGGGUUGGCUUUCAGCGGUCCCCAGAUCCAGAGUGCCACUGUCCUGCUAGACCAGGAUGUGGCUGAUGAGAGGACAGCAGAAGCGGCCAUGCAGCGUCUCAAAGCAGCGAACAUCCCCGAGCACAACACCAUUGGCUUCAUGUUUGCCUGCGUUGGCAGAGGAUAUCGGCAUUACAAAACCAAAAGGAAUAUGGAAGCGGAUGCAUUUAGGAAGUUUUUUCCAAAUGUACCCCUCUUUGGCUUUUUCGGACAUGGGGAAAUAGGAUGUGAUCGAAUAGUUACUGGGAAUUUCGUGUUAAGAGAAUGUAAUGACAUAAAGGAUGACCUGCUUCAUGGUUAUACUACUGUUAUGACUCUUAUUCACCUUGGUUCAACUAAAGCAAACCAAGCAUAAGUAAGGUUUAAUGCUUCAAUGAGCUGUUUGUUUCAUUCCAGAGAGCUGAGAAGUCUGGAAGAGUGGACAUCUUGCAGUCAAAGCCCCUUCCAAAACAUAAACAUCAUUUUGGUAAUGUUAUUGAGUCUUGUAGUUGCAAUAGAGUUUACUGUAAUAUCUGUGAGAAAGCCUUGCAUUUUUUUGUAAUCCCCUGUACACAUCAGAAUUGCAGGAAAUUAUAUUUGAUGGAAUUCUGCAUUUGAAGAAAGCCUCUUUCUUCCAAACUGAAAAUGGUUUCUACAAAUUGUAGAAUACGCUGAAUUGGAAGGGACCCAUCAGGAUUGUUGAGUCCAACUCUUGGCCCUGAACAGGACACCCCAAGAAUCCCACCAAGUGCCUGAGAGUGUUGUCCAAACUCUUCUUGAGCUCAGUCAGGGCUUGGUGCUCUGACUGCUUUCCUGGGGAGCCUGUUCCAGUGUCCAGCCACUCUGGGUGAAAACCUUUUUCCUGAUAACCAACCUAAACCUCUCUGACUCAGCUUCAUGCCACCUCCUCGAGUCCUGGCACUGGUCAUGAGAGUGAAGAGCUAUUGAAGACCACAGUGAGCUCUCCCCUCAGUCUCCUCCAGGCUGAGCAAACCAAGUAUCGUCAGCCACUUCUCAUAAGGCUUCCCCUCCAGAUCCUUCACUUCCUCUCGGCAUUCCUCUGGACUCCCUCUAAACUUGAUGUCUUUUUUAUACAGAGGUGCCCAAAACUGCCCACAGGACUGGAGACUGCCCCAGAGCAGAGAGGAGCAGGACAAUCCCUUCCCUGGCCUGGCUGGUGGUGCUGGGCCUGAUGCCCCCAGGACAUGAUUGGCCCUCCUGGGUGCCAGGGCACGGCUGGCUCCUAGCCAGCUCCCCAGUCCGUACACAUAGCCAGGGCUGCCCUGUCCCAGGUGCAGAAUCCAGCACUUGCCAUUGGUACAUUUCAUAUGGUUGGUGAUUGCCCAUCUCUCUUUGUCAGUGUCUCUUCAGGGCCUCUGUCCUUGAGAGAGUUGACAGCUCCUCCCAGUUUAGUGUCAAUGGCAAACCCAAACCCAAAUGUAGAAAGAAACAGUACUUUGAUGUGCUCUAUUUAUGCAUAUAAAGCACUCUAGAAAAACUACUGAUGCAUUAAAUCUACCAUUUCCUGGAUUUUAUCUCUAGAGAGAUGCAGAACUUUCUCAGACUCCUAUUUACAAAACUGAAGUUUUACUAGAUAAAAUCAAUGAAAAUCUUUAGAGAAAAGUAACAAAGUACUUGUUAAAUAAAGAUAGAAGUAUGUCAAAGUA